AUGGACGAACCCGAUGUUUUCUGGGCUGACGUGCUCAAACGGUGGUCUGAUGCUUCACAGAAUGUGGUAAGGCUACGCAAGGAGCUCACGCAAACGCAAGAAGAACGGGAUAAAUACCGCCACGAAUUGCACUCUUUCAAGCAAGUAACAGAGCCUUUCCCACUUCCUUUUGGGCAACCUACAACCGCGACGCUGGAAGCAUAUCCCCCAUCGAGCACUGUCACAUCGAACAAGCUUCAGGAGGCCGAAGCUGGUCUUGGGAGAGCGAAGCACGAAUACCAAAAGCUUCGGGAUCAGCUCAAGGACUCUGAGCAGAGGAUAGAAUCACUUGUUCUACAAAUCACUGCUCUUCAGCGCGAACGGGACACGAUCCAAGCAUACAGCAAGAAUAUUCAAGAAGAGCUUGAAACACUUCAAAGAGCACACUCAACUCUUCAGUCUGAACGAGAUGAACUAAAUAGGCUCAACAACGAUAUUCAAGAGCAAUUGAAAACUGCUCAAGCAGAACUUUCCGCGUCUCAGUUGGGAAAUGAUGAUUUAACGCAGAAACUGCAGCUUUUAUCCAACAUCUCCCACGAGAACGAAACUUUGAGACAGCAGCUGCUCCAACUCAACGAGGUUUCUACAAACAAACAACCGCAGGACUGGAAUAAGGCUCGGGUAUACUCACUUGAGGAGCAGGUUGAACGUCUGGAGUUCUCGAACCAAGCACUCGAAAAAGACAACAAGAGUCUGCGCGACGAACUUAAGACUGCCCAUGGUAAUCUUCAUAAGAUCAAGGAGAGUAACAACGUUCUUCAUGAGACGAUUACAAAGUUAAAACAGUUGGCACGACAUGUUGUGGUCCCCGCCAGUCAUAAACCUCAUGUAGCUUCUGCUAGGACGACGCAGUCUGUCCCUGCAGAAGUAAUACCGUCAGUCAACAUCGCCAGUCUCCCGAAUGCGCUCAAGAAGCCCGUGAAGCCGACUGCAAACCACCUUACUGUUGACUCUGGCAAAGAAGAUCCGACAAUCGUCGAGCCUUCUGUGUCGAAACCGCAAUCAUCAUCUGUUACUCCACGUAUUCCUCCCCACCGCCAAAUGGAGAUUGACAGCUUUCCUGUUUUUAUCCCCGAUGUUGAUGCCGCGUCCGACCAUACCUUUGACCGUGAGUUUAUGAAGAAUGCAUUGGGUGGAAGCAUUCAACCGCUGAUUGUUCGGAUUACUGCUAGCCAAACACCUUUGGCAGAAACACGAAACAUUUCUAGUUACCUUUGUCCCGGUUUGGACCAUAAUCCUUGGUGCCCUUCAACGCCUGGUGAAAAUGGAUACAUAUUCGUGGGUCUUGGCAAAGAGAAAGAUACUUUCGAGCUUCCUGAAAUACACAGUGUGUUUGUUGGACUGAAAAAAACGAAGACAAAAGAUAAUCGGAGAUUUCGGUACCUUGGGAAGUACAUCGCAAAGCGAGUUGAACCUCUUAGUCCUCAGGAAUGGAAGACACUUGCCAUUCAUGUCAGGUGCACAUACGUUCAAACAACAAAGGCCAAAACAAAAGAUGUUCGUACCCUUGACGCCAUCAUGGCUGCGUACGAUAGCGGAGAGCUAUUGGUCCCCUGUGUGCGCUUACAGUGCAUAGGAUUCGACGAACAACUCUUCGGAGCGUUGAUAAGCAAGAUGGCUACCCCUUCUUCAAAGUCCACUUCGGCAGCGCGAACCAAGCGAACAAGGGAAGGCAACGAAGGCGACGAAUCUUGCGAGAGAAAGAAGCGGACUGUUCGACAAGUUCAAUAA